AGCACAUUUUCUCCAUAAUUUUGUUUUUGCCUUUGGCUUUGCAUUUCAUUUGGCGUCAUAGAAUGGCGAAAUCUGGGGCAGGAAGGGCGUUAGAGGUAGUUCGUAGCCUACCAAGAGUUGCCUUAAACAACUUAAAGGAUAAUCCUGGUGCAAGGAAAAAGGACUACAGGAGGGGGCGUGGCCAGCAUGGAGGAGGAAUGAGUGGGCGGGGCAUGAGCGGUCAAGGGAUGAGGGGUACCAAACCAAGAGUUGGAUUUGAAGGGGGUCAGACACCAUUCUAUCUCAGAGUACCCAAGUACCCUUACUACAAAGACCACCAUCUUCGUAGACAGUACGUGCCCGUCACGCUGACAAAGCUUCAACAUCUGAUUGACAUGGGUCGUAUCGACCCUGAUCAGCCUAUCGACGCGACGUCCUUGGUCAAUUCAGGAGCCUUUGAAAUCAAGAUCAUGGAGAAACAGUAUGGCAUCAACCUGAUUGAAGAAGGUUUGGAUAACUUUGCUGCUCAGAUCAACAUCGAGGUGCAGCAUAUAUCGGAGCUAGCCAUUGCAGCCAUCGAGAAAUGCGGAGGCAUCGUAACCUCUGGAUUCUACGACCCCAUCAGCCUCGACGCCCUCGCUUACCCACUCCAAUUCUUUCAGCAGGGGAAGCCCAUCCCGAGGCGCGCCCUCCCACCGAAGGACCUCGUCACGUACUACGCCAACGCUAGUUAUCGAGGGUAUCUAGCCGACCCUGACAAGGUUCACCAAGCAAGGGCUGAUCUCGCGCAGAAGCACGGUUAUCUACUUCCCGAUUUGACGAGUGAUCCAAAGCGGGAGAUGCUGCGGAUGAGGAAAGAUCCUCGUCAAAUUUUCUUUGGACUUCAGCCUGGAUGGUUUGUGAACCUUUCUGAUAGGACAGUCUUGAAACCAAUCGAUGAAGACUUGCAGGAGUAUUACAAGUCGUAAUGGCUCCUCUUGUGAAAGAAAAUCACCAUUUUUUUUGCAUCGGAUAUGGAGAAUAGAUUCGACACUUGGCCACAUCACUGCAGCCAGGUUGGUUUCUGAAAGAAUACUACAAGUCGCAAUGACUUCUCUCAUGAAAGAAGUUAAAUCUACCCAUUUUGGAUAUUACAAACGAAUGUGGCCAUGUUCUGUUGUCACAUUUUGAGGUUGUUCAAGUCGUAUGGGCCACUCUACAGAAAGAAGCUAAUGAACAUCUACCCAUUUGGGAAUCGGAUAAGGACAAUGCAUCAGAACUGAAGCCAAGUCGACUUGGCUACAUUUUACAUUUUAGGUUUUGCUCUUUCCAACUGAGGUUGAGUUAUGACUUCACAUGCCUGUUUUUUUUUCUUCUGAAAGAUGGCAAUACUGUAGACAGCUCCAGAAGAUCGAUUGAGUCGUGAAUUCAAUUAAAGUGACUCAGUAACAUUGUUGAAGGUUGAUGAAAAAAAAUGCAUAAUUUGUGUAUGAAAUGUUACUUAUUAUAUUCCAUCUACUGUACUGACCCUCUAACAAGCAAAAAAUCCUGAAAGAAUUCUUAAGCCACACAAAUAUUUAUGGUUUUCUUUGAAGGCGUCACUGUGCAACACCAUCUAACAGUAAAUUCUCCCGACCACUUUUGAAUUUUCCCAACCGUUUUUCCAUGAAAAUAAGACAUAAGACAGGCUUUUUAAAAUCUGUCAGCACUAAAAUGUCUGGAAUGGUAUAUAGAGACAAUUCAUUGCUUUGUGAGGAUUAUUAAAAUUUAAUUGCAUUCACCUGAAAUGUAAUUAGAUUCUUAUAAUAUAGUUGGGAGAAUUAUGGAAUCGAUCA